UCGAGCCUCUCCGGAGCGGCUCACGAGGCGCGCUCAGAGGAGGGUCUCGCGCUGCAGCAGCUCAUGUCCGGCGCGCGAGCCCAGCACACCUUCAGCGAGUCGCGUGGCGGAAGUGGGCGGGGCAUGGGCCGUGAGGGGGCGUGUCCACACAAACUGGGCUCGGCCAAUCAGCUGCGGCGCCUGCUCUACAUCCUGGUCCCCGCUCUGAGUCUGCUGACCGCUGUGCUGCUGCUGGCUCUGGCCCUGACAGGGAUGCUGGGCAGUGGUCUGUUGGCCUCCAGUCCUCUGCCGUCGCCGAAUCCUUUAACCGAAGAUGACAUCACAACAACAAGCCCCACCCCCUUCGCCACUAACCACACCCUCACCACCCACUCUACAACGAGCGCCGCCACUUCAGCUGCUGUGAUUGGAGCAGACCGUCCGGAGACCACGCCCCCUCCCACAGAGCCACCUCCUGAUUGGCUGACCACCGUGACGUCACUCAGCACCAUUUCUUUGUUGAGCUACACCACAUCUGCGCCCGCUUCAGAAAAUGGGAGCUGUCAGCUGAUCUCAGAGCCGCAGUGUCACAUGUUACCGUACAACCAAACGUGGCUGACGUCUCCGCUCAACGUCGUCAAGAGCUCUGAGGUGGACAUGCUGCUCAGGUUCUUCAGUUACCUGAGCCGUCUCUCGUGCUACAGACACAUCAUGCUGUUUGGCUGCUCUCUGGCCCUGCCCCAGUGUUUCCAGGGAGACCACAGGCGUCUGGUUCUUCCGUGUGAGUCGUUCUGUGAGGCGGCUCGUCUCGGCUGUGAGCCUGUUCUUCACAUGUUCAACGCCUCCUGGCCUGACUUCCUCCGCUGCUCCCAGUUCAGCUCCUCCUCCUCUUCUUCCACCGCUCCCACUUCCUCCUCUCCUCCCUUCUCCUUCUCUACCUCUCCUUCUCCCUCUCCUCCUCCUUCCUCUUCAUCUAUGCUUCCUUCAUCAUCAUCACCAUCUGCCAGCCCCAUCUGCUACUCACCCCGAAAUGUUAAAGGUAAAGCGUCAGUUUGCGGCGGUAAGGACCACUUCCUGUGUUCCAGCGGGAUCUGCGUCCCUCAGAAACUUGUCUGUAACGGAUUCAACGACUGCGACGACUGGAGCGACGAAACCUCCUGUGAGUGUGCAGACUGGGAGUUCCGCUGCUCCACUGGACGUUGUGUUCCUCCUGUUUUAGUUUGUGACGGAUUUGACGACUGUGGAGACCUCAGUGACGAGAUGAGCUGUGAGUGUAACCUGAGUCUGCAGCACAGAUGUGGAGACGGAAGAUGUGUUUCGAAAGACUGGAUCUGUGACGGAGACUUCGACUGUGCUGACAAGAGCGACGAGCACAACUGCUCGUGUAAGAGCCAGGGCCUGCUGGAGUGUCGUAACGGUCAGUGCAUCCCGUCAGCGUUUCGCUGCGACGGAGAAAACGACUGUAAAGACGGGAGUGACGAGGAGCAGUGCAACCGCGAGCAGACCCCGGCGAUGUCAUGUCCUCCCGGUCAGUCCGGCUGUAGCCCCAUCCCCUGCUCCUCGUGCGGCGCUAACGAGUCAUGUGACCACCACCUCAACGCCACACUCCACCACAACCAAACCAAUCGCCAUAGCAACAACUGCUCCCAGUGUGAGCCCAUAUCUCUGGAGCUGUGCCUGAACUUGCCGUAUAAUUUCACCAUAUUUCCAAACUUCCUGGGUCACCAUUCCCAGCGUGAGUCUGCAGUUUCUUGGGAGGCGUCUCUAUUUCCGGCUCUGGUUCAGACCGGCUGUUUCCCCUUCCUCAUGUUCUACGCCUGCAGCCUCCUCGUGCCCAAGUGUGACCCCACCACAGCCCAGAGAGUCCCCCCCUGCAGGUCUCUGUGUCGUGGAGCCAAGGAUCGCUGUGAGUCUGUUCUGGGGAUCGUGGGUCUGCAGUGGCCCGAGGAUUCUGACUGCUCCCAGUUUCCUGAAGAGGACGAAGGCACCCCUUGUCUGCUGCCAGAGGACGGCACUGAUGAGUGCUCUCCCAGUCACUUCAAAUGUCGCUCAGGACGCUGUGUUCUGGCCACGAAACGCUGUGAUGGACAUUUAGAUUGUGACGACCAGAGCGACGAGGAUCACUGUGGUUGCUCUGAGCGAGCUCUGUGGGAGUGCCCGGGCAGCUCCGUCUGUAUAAAACCCUCCAUGAUCUGUGAUGGUAUCCCAGACUGCCCCCUACAGCUCGACGAGACCAACUGCACUGUGUGCAGUGAUAACGAGCUCUCCUGUAACAAUCAUGAGUGUGUCCAUCGAACCCUGUGGUGUGACGGCAAACAGCACUGCUCUGACAGCUCAGAUGAAUGGGACUGUGUUUCUCUGGAGGACCGGUCUGGUCCGGUUCUUACGGUGCUUCGGUCUGGAGCAGAGUACCAGGUCUGUGCAGAUGAGUGGAGCCAGGACCUGAGUGAGCUCACCUGUCGACAGCUCGGGCUAGGAGCCCCCUCCUCAGUGACGGAAGUCCCAGACCAGGCAGGUGUCCAGGGCCGUCGCCGUUGGUUACAUGUUCAUCCAGAGUUCAGCCAAAGAAACUUCACAGCUCUGCAGGGAAGGCUGGAAAAGAGGAGUCACGCCUGUCACUCCCGGAGGAGAGUUUCUGUGCUGUGCUCCAGAGAAGAUUGUGGGCGUCGUCCUGCAGUGGGUGGAGCCUCAACACGUCACCGACAUAAGAGGAUUGUGGGAGAUGGAGUUUCCUCUCACAGACAUAACAGCUCUCACCACAGACAGAAGAGGAUGGAAACCCACAGACGCAGCAGCGGUACUGAGGCAGCACUACCUCGGGGGAUUGUGGGAGCAGUAGUCCACAGACAGAAGCGUAUCCUGGGGGGGCGUGUCUCUCGUGUGGGGGCGUGGCCUUGGCAGUGCUCCCUGCAGAGCGGAGGGAGCGGACAUGUCUGUGGGUGUGUCCUGAUCGGGAGAAGGUGGGCCCUGACUGUGGCGCACUGCUUUGAAGGACGGGAGAGUGCAGAGCUGUGGAAGGUGGUGCUGGGGCUGAAUAAUCUGGACCAUCCCGGGAUCCUGAGCCAGACUAGGGGAGUCCGGACCAUCGUAGUCCACCCGAGGUACAACAGAGCUGUGGUGGACUAUGACAUCAGCGUGGUGCAGCUGGAGACCGAGGUAGAGGAGACUGCGUUCGUCCGACCUGUGUGCUUGCCUGCGAUUGGCCAGCUCCCAUCACCUGAUUCAUACUGUUACAUAACGGGAUGGGGUCACAUGGGCAACCGCAUGCCUUUUAAGCUCCAGGAGGGGGCAGUGCGCAUCAUCUCUAUGUCCCAGUGUCAGUCCUAUUUCGACUCAAAAACUAUCACUCCCAGAAUGCUUUGUGCUGGAUAUGAUGCAGGCACAGUGGAUUCCUGUAUGGGAGACAGUGGUGGUCCUCUGGUGUGUGAGGACCCCUCCGGCCGCUGGACCCUGUUCGGACUCACCUCUUGGGGCUCCGUCUGUUUCAGUAAAGUCCUGGGUCCUGGAGUCUACAGCAACGUCACCCACUUCACCCAGUGGAUACAACGACAAAUCUACAUACACACAUUCAUAAAGGACUAGACCAGGACUAGACCAGGACUGAAUCAAGACUGAAACAGGACUGAGCCAGGAAUGAACCAGGACUUUAUCAAGACUGAGCCAGGACUAAACUAAGACUGAACCAGAAUUGUACCAAGAGUGAGUCAGGACCUAAUCAGGACUAAACUGGGACUGGACCAGGACAGAAACAGGACUAAACCAGGACUAAACCAGGACUAAACCAGGACUAAACCAGGACUAAACCAGGACUAAACCAGGACUAAACCAGGAUUAAACCAGGAUUAAACCAGGACUAAACCAGGACUAAACCAGGACUAAACCAGGACUAAACCAGGACUAAACCAGGAUUAAACCAGGACUAAACCAGGACUGAACCAGGACUAAACCAGGAUUAAACCAGGACUAAACCAGGACUGAACCAGGACUAAACCAGGACUAAACCAGGAUUAAACCAGGACUAAACCAGGACUAAACCAGGACUGAACCAGGACUGAACCAGGACUAAACCAGGACUGAACCAGGACUAAACCAGGACUAAACCAGGAUUAAACCAGGACUGAACCAGGACUGAACCAGGACUAAAUCAGGACUGAACAAGGACUAAACCAGGAUAAAACUGGAUCUAAAGAUUUCAAUUAUGUAUUUAAAUUGCACAUGACUGCUGACAACUGGACCAAUUUGACACAUAAACCAGGUCUAAACUCGGACUAAUCCUAAACCUGAAACUUUAAAACAAGGCCUUGCGACUAGGUUCUUUUGUUUAAUUUUCCACAUCCCAUUACUUCGGUUUACUUGUUUAAAAAUGUAAUGUCAUUUUUCCUUGACAGACAAUUCAAUGCUCCCAGUGUGAUUUUGACUCAUUUGAAUCCAUUUUUGGGCCUGGACUUGUUUUGAACUUCCUGUUUUGGUCUUCCUUUUUUGAACGUCCAAACCAUAGACAUAGAAAUAGUAGACACGGAGUUUGAGGCUAAUGUAGGGUGACCAGAUUUUCAAAAUAAAAAACUGGGACAUGCCUGGUUUGUGGUGAUUGGUAAUAAUAAAAUUGUGAAACGAGUACGUAAUUAAGGAUAAUUAUUAUGUACUCAGCUCUAAUGUGAGUCAGUAUAGUCACAUUUUCUUUGUGUUUUGGUCAUUUUUAAGCAGCUUUUCUGGAUUUUACCUAAACAAAUGUUUUUGCCUCUCUUUACUGUUGGCAGGGAUCAGAAGGGUCAAAAAUAAGGAUACCUGGGACAUUUCUUGUAUAAAUGUGGGACAAAUCACUGGUUUUGGGCUCAAAACUGGGACUGUCCUGGGUAAAUUGGGAUGUCUAUUCUGACUCACAUUAGUGCCGGUGUGGUAUAGGAUUUUGACCCCGCGGUGAGAUGACCCCGGGGUCAACAUACUAUAUAGUAUGUUGACCCCGUGGUCAGAAUCCUAUUAUGGUAUGUUGGACCCCCCUAUAGAAUAUUGACCCCCCCAUGAAAAUCUAUAUUUUAUUAAUAAAGAACUUGAAUUCUGUAGAAAAACUUUGAAUAUGAAUACUAUAUCUGCAAAUUAAAACACAUUGACAUAUUUAAAAGUGUUUUUGAAGAACUCAGAUGCAUUUUUUUUGUCGAUUAUAAUAUUUGAAUGUUAAAAAUGACUUACUUGUUUAAACACAUAUUUUACUGAAAAUGAGAUAAGUAGUUAUUAAUGAGUUAGAUAUCAAAGAGAUGUAUAAUGAUUUGGAAUCUUGUUAAAAUAGACAGGGCUGAUCAAUUGAGUAGUUAAAUAGGGGAAAGUUAUGGCUGUAGUAAUCUGACCCCCAAUAUGUUUAUUAUAGUUCUGAUGAUGUAAAGUAAGAAGAAAUGUUAGCUGAAUAUUGACAAUGAUCUGUUAUAUAUAAAAAAGGUCAAAAUCCCAUGGCUAUAAUAAUCUGACCCCCCAAUGUUUAUUAUAACACAACAUGACUAAAUUCAACAUCAUUAUCUUUACAAAUCAUUGCCUAAAUUGACAUUAUGAUUAAGAAUUAUCUGAACAUAACAAACUAAAAACCAUAACAACGUAAAAUACAAUAUAAAAGUGACAAGAUUGCUGUGUAUAUGCAAUUUUAACAAUAUGUUACAUUUACACAAAAUACCAAGUCGUUCUCCAUCAAAACAUUUCUUAAACUACCUUAAAAGUUCAUGAAUAUGUAGCAAUAUAUAAUAAAAGUAAAUGACAUGAGAAAUAAUGAUCAUAUAAGUAACUACUAAAGAAAAAAGUAAGGGGAGUCAUAAUCCUAUGGGGAGGUCACUUUACUACAACGGUAUGUUGGGUCAAUAUACUAUGGGGGUCAAAAUACUAUCUCACACCAACUCCGAGUGCAUAACAAUUCCUCUUAAUUACGCACUCUUUUCACAAUUUUGUUAUUACAAACUACCACAAACCAGUGAUGUUGCAGUUUUUUAUUUUGCAAAUUUGGUCACUCUAUACAUGUGACUACUUCUACAUUCUGUUCGAAUCCAGAAGAGCCUGGAACUGGACAACAGAGAAAAACCUCUGUCCAAACUUGAGACAGUCCAACCACAGCUGCUAAUUUGUAUCACAUUUCUCUCAAAUUUCUUCUCCAGAAUUCUCAUCACAUUCAGAACUAAAUAUAUAAGUUGAUUUACGUGAGAUAAAGAGUAGUUUGGUCCUGUAUGUUGUUUUUUAUCCUCUUUUACAACUGCCAUGUUUGCUUUUGACGUAAACUGAGCGUGCUUCUUUCUGACUGGUUCAUCUGCCUGUCAAUCACGCCCUCUGAAAUCAGGGAGACAGGACACAGCUCCAGAUCCACUCAUCUUUGUGAAGUUUUGUCAGAAUUUCAUGUCUGUGAAUGUUUAUGGUCCUAACCAUCAGGAACAGGACUAAAACAGGUCAAAGUCUGGGUCCAAAAUUUGUAGAUUCAAACUUGGAUUAAACAAGCUCGAAACCAGAAGCAAACCAAAUCACAACCAAAAGUGGGUGCAAUAUUUAACAUUUUCUGAUGAAGACUCUGCUACCUGCUUGUCUCAAUAGAGAUGUUAGUAAUUUGCCCAGAAUAUUCCACUGUAGAGCAUUAAAGGGCCCAUCUCGUGCAAAAUCAACUUUUCAGAGUUUUCUACCUUCUAAGAGUGAUGUGUAGGCCUUGGAUAUGUCGCCGAAGUGGUUUUUAGAUUGACUCAGCAUUUUUUUUUAACAAAUUGCAGUGUAUUUCUGCCACCCUCCCACGUGACAACAAACUAAAGCUGCUACAACAAUGACACGGCAGAUACACCUAUGACGCGUUUGACAUAGCAGAAAAACGUUUCACACCUGACCCCCUCCCCCACUCCACCGCCUCCACCCUGCAUCGUCUGACAAUUCCCACAUGAACACCUAAACAAAAGCGACAGCAUAAGUUCAUUGUUCUACACUGCAGUGAACACGAUAUUAGGGGUGGGCGAUAUCUCGAUAUUUUUAAUAUAUCGAGAUUUUUUAAAAACUCGAUAUGAAUUCUGACAUAUCGUAUAUAUCGAUAUAAUGCUCAUAUUCAAUUUUGAUUUCGCUUCGCUUGUUUGUCUUCUCUUUUGUCUCUCUCGCGCCCCCGCCUCCCUGAUUUAGUUCGCUCGUGUCUCUUUCACUCCUCACUAUCGCCGUAAACACCCAAAGUUGCUGCCAGUGAAAAGCUUCAAGCACCACGAACCUUUUCCACUAUUUACAGACAAAACCAUCAGCAGCACAUCCUCAUAUUCCACUGAGUCGCGUCCUUUAGUCCAAAAGAAGUUGAACCCCAUGAGCAGCACGUGGAGUGCGCUGUUUAUACAAAUUAGUGCUUCUUAAGUUUCGUUUCUGUAAAAUGUAAACAAGUCUGCGCAAAGCUGCAAAAAAAAUAAAAAAAAAUAAAAAUUAACACUAUAAUCUCAAACGGACUGAUGUGGCUCUUGAGUCGUUAUGCUAUAUAUAUUGUAAAGUUUAGUAAUGUAAAUUCUAUUUAUGCAGAAGAUUUUAAUGAAUAAUCUGCUGCAGUGUAACUUGUACAAAAGUGUUUGGAAACGUUGGGUUUGAUCUGCAGUAGACUGUGGGAAACCUCAGAGCUCCUUACUGCUGGAUAUGAACAUGGAUCUAUUAAAAUAAGGAACAUCCUGAGCUUCCUCUGCUAAAGGAGCUCAUGGUUAUGAUUAUGGUUUUGGUUUGGAUAACAGAGUUAAUGCAAAGAUGAGCUUGUGUUGAGUUGUUUUAUUUAUGAAUGAAACAAAGGAAAUAUGUUUUAUUUCUUUUAUUUAACAGUUAAAUUAUUAUUUAUGUAAUUAGGGUUUUUGUAAUCUUAAAUAUUCCUAUAUGAACUGCCGACCUCUUACACUUUAAUUAAAAAAAAAAGACCUUGUGGAAUUUGGCAGAUUUGUUUUUGCAGUUUUCCGUUUUAGGGGGUUAUUUUUUUCCUGUACACAUAUCGAGAUAUAUAUCAUAUAUCGAGAUAUAGCAAAAUAUAUCGAGAUAUAUUUUUUGAUCCAUACACGAUAUAAUAAGUUGAUCAACUAGUGUUUAUUAAUACAUUACCAAUCAGUAAUGUUCAGCUGAUGUGGACGCGGUGCUUGAGCUUCGUGCACCUCAAAGUCCUCGUCCGAUUCCAGGUCCAACACAUGCGGCUGAACGUGCUGUAUCACCAUGAUGUCUUCCUCCUCCCUCCCUGAGAUGGGCGGAGGAAGGGCGGCUCACUCGUCGCCUACGUCACGUUUGGAGGGCGGAGCCUGUGCUUUCUCAGGACGGGUGGGGGGAGGAGCAAUAGUCGGCCUUUCAUAGUUCCUGGUCUGUGACUUUCUCCAAGAAAUCAAUAAGAUUUCAGAACUAUUGUGUAAUGGAUGUUCCAAAACCCAAAUUAAGCUUGUAUAUGUGCAGAAGAUACAAUGUGAAAUGAGUGAUUUUGCAUGAGAUGGGACCUUUAAACAUACUGUAUUUAUCAUGCAUUUAUUUAAAGUGCACUGUGUAACUUUUCAGGUGGAGGGUCCAUCACUUUUCACUUUUCUCUAUGGAGAUAUUGCCUGAAAUGUUCCACAGUAUGGCAUUACACUUAUUUAUCAUGUUACACGUCAGAUCUGUGUAGAGGCGAGCCCACACACAGUACGAAUGGAAUUUUUCGGGCAAUAAAAAGCCAUGUUAUUGAGUAAGUGCAACACGGAUACGUUUUAAUGCCAUACCGGGUACAUUCCAAACAAAACAAUAACACCUUCAUGGAGACGAGCAAGCUGCAGAGCCCUCACAAGAAUGUUACACAGUGCAGCUUUAAAUUACAAAUGUUUUAUUGCUCAAAAAUACUUGGCUCAAAAAAGAUCGGACCUAUAAUCAAUCUUGGUGUUGUUACAGGCUUUUCUCCAUAGAGAUUGAAGAUUAAAGCCUUACUGUGGAACAUUUUAGGGAAAGCAACAGCAUCUCUAUGGAGACAAUCAGAUGGCACCAAAAAAAAAUCCAUAAUUUAGCUUUAACAGUUAACUAAACCAGGACUAAACCUCGACUGGACUUUUUUGCUUAGCUGGACUCCGACUCCCAUGAUGCUUCACUCUCUAGUGCCUGUGCUGUCUGUGCACAUGUUUUGGCGUGAGGUUUUCUGUCAGAUUGAAUGUUCUUUUUGCUUGUUUUGCAGCGCCGGUCGACCGGGCAGAGUCACUUUCACUUUUACCUUUGGAGACAGUGUUGAAUAUUCUGCUGCUGCUGCUGUGUUUUUGAGCACAUUAAGACGAGUGGCCGUGAACGCGUGUCACGUUUUUGCCUGAAAUGUUAUGAGCCGGCGAACAGGAGUCACAGUGGGAAACAGUGUAACAAGAUGUGGUCCAAAGUGGGCUAAAAGUAGGACUAGAGCUUUGGAAAUUUAGAAAAACAACACUGAAAAUGACAGUAUAGAGGCUUUGCACCGUCACGUGACUCCUAUAGC